AUGUCUCUGUCUGCUUUUCUCUUCCUGGCCCUCGGUCCUUCUGGUGAGGCGAGAGUGACUUGGAGGCUGCGGGUUGACGGUGGUUGGUGGUUGGCGAUGCUUUGUUGUCAGCGGCGGGAGAAGGAAAAAAGCGAAGACGACGAAGGAAGAAGCCCUGCUGGUCCCUGUCGACUGACCGAGCAAGCAAACGAAGAAGAAUUGAAGAGAAGAACCAGAAGGGAACAAGGAUACAAUUACAAGAAGACGGACCUUGAAGAGUGUAGAGAAGAAGAGCAAAAAGAGGAUGUCUGUCUGUCUGUCUGCGUCCCUCCACCCCCAGCCAUCAAUGUCGCUUUGACUAGCGCCAGUGGACCAGCCACUCUUAUUAUUUACUCCGGGCUUUUUUCUUCCUUGCCAGCCUCAAGAUAUCAACCUAACUAA